GUCAUUGAUCUUUUGUGCCUGUGUUCCAGAUUUCACUCCUCUUUUACAGAGACGUACCUUGCGAUAAAACUUGCCAUGUUUUGGGUAUUGAAGACAUUCUUUUGUCUAGUUCUUGUACACUGUGCCACAUCUGAGGUAUUCCUCCAGAACAAGGAUGCCAACCACGUCUUCACGCGGCGCAGGCGGGCCAACAGCAUGUUUGAGGAGUUUAAAAAGGGUGAUAUGGAGCGAGAGUGUGUAGAGGAAAGGUGCAACUAUGAGGAGGCCCGAGAGAUCUUUGAGAACAAGGAAAAGACGGACGCAUUCUGGAAUGUGUAUUUUGAUGGAGAUGCAUGCCUGUCCCAUCCGUGUCUCAACAAUGGUGUCUGCAAAGAUGGAAUAGGAAAAUAUGUCUGCUUCUGCCCUGAACUGUUUCAGGGUUACAACUGUGAGAUUGCUAUACCACAACUAUGUGAGGUCAAGAAUGGAGGUUGCGAGCACUUCUGCAGUGUGGUUCGCAAUAGUGUCGUGUGUUCAUGUGUCAAAGGCUAUAAACUGGCUGCGGAUGGGAAGUCCUGCAUAUCUGAUGAUCCCUUCAGAUGUGGUCAGCUGCAUCCUAAGCAGACCCGAAGUAUUCUUAUACAUCAUGUAGUGGAAAACGGUACUGGUACAGACAAUAGCACUGGCCAUACCAAUGACAUGAGUACCAAAAAUGUAACUAAGACCAUCACAAAAAAGAAAGUCUCAAAUUCCACUCAGACAAUCUCUGAUCCAGACACUUUGUUUGGGUUGGAUGAUGAGGAACUGAUUAAUCCUGUAGAAGAGGAUCCUGUGCUUCCAGAGGUUGCAGGAGACACAAGAAUUGUUAAUGGGGAAGAUUGUGCACCUGGAGACUGCCCAUGGCAGGCCCUGCUGGUGAAUGAGGAUAAAAUAGGCUUCUGUGGUGGGACCAUCCUAAAUGAAUACUUCAUUCUUUCUGCUGCCCACUGCAUGAACCAGUCUCGCUCCAUCACAGUUAUUCUAGGUGAAUUUGACACGCUGAAAAGAGAGGGGCGUGAGGUAAGACAUCAAGUCGCCCAGGUGUUGAAGCACAUGAACUACGUCCCCGAAACCUACCACAACGAUAUCGCGCUCAUCAAGCUUGUCAAGCCCAUCACCUUCACUGAAUACAUCCUCCCUGCCUGCCUGCCAGAACGCGACUUUGCGGAACGCGUGCUCAUGCAACAAGUAGACGGCAUGGUCAGCGGCUUCGGGCGUCUCUACGAGGGUGGCCCGCAGUCCACCAUCUUACAGAAGUUGACCGUGCCAUAUGUCGACCGAGCGACCUGCAUGGAGUCCACCAAGUUUAAGAUCUCUAACCGCAUGUUCUGCGCCGGUUAUGAUCGAGAAACCAAGGACGCCUGCCAGGGUGACAGCGGCGGCCCUCACGUCACCAAGUACCAAAACACCUGGUUUGUGACCGGUGUGGUGAGCUGGGGUGAGGGCUGCGCUCGCAAAGGAAAGUAUGGCGUCUACACGCAGGUGUCCAAGUACAUCAAGUGGAUCGAAACCGCCAUGGAGAAGGUCAUGCCCAGAAAGGCAGCUUCCGGAAAAAGCUAGGGAAAAGAGGCAGGUCCUUAGGUGUUCACCUGUGAUACGGAUGGUAAGGAAGAUUGACUGACGUCAUAAACGGACGUAUAUAAAAAAAAAAAAAACAAUAAACAAAACAACAACUAAAUAAAGAUUCUAUAUUGAUUUAUUCAA